GUAUGCGGCGGAGGGAUGGCAAGGGCCGGGUAUUUGCUGCUGAUGCUGAUGACAGUGUGAACGGCCUCUGCGCUCCUUUAUAUCGUUAUACCUCAGUGCUGUAAUCACGGUUUAGAAAUGUGGCAACAUAUUUUGUAUGUUUGACACAUACAGAAGCAUCUUCAGACGGAGAAUCAUGUCUUUGGAGAGCGUUAGGAUGGUAAAUACAUUUCGGGAGGCCGGGAGAAGCUGAAGAAAUUUUAAGCAAGCGGACUGAAUUUGUUCCUGACACAGGUGGAUGAUUGUUGGAUCCGAAACGUCUGGAUAAAAACACAAAACGCGGAUGUAAAUGAAAAGUAUCGUCAGAACGAAUAAACUGACUUAAAUGGGAAAAGGAAAUUAGCUGAAGGUCUUCAUAUUCAGUCUACUUUUGCUUCAGAAUCAAGGGCUGACGAAUUGGCUCGUUAGCUAGCUAGUUAACAAGCUAACUAGCUCGAGCUUCCUUCAGGAUAUUAUAGGGAUGCUCGGACGCCUUCGCGUUAAAUCAAUGUUAAUAUUGCCAAACAUGUUAUUGUCAGUCUGCAAGCAUUUGCAUGCUUUACAUGGAGUUCAGCGUUGCUAGCUAACUAAGUUAGCAAGCUAGCUAUUUAUUUACUCGAAGGUUGGCGUAUUAUAAUCCACUGUCAAGUUAAAACACAUCUCGCAUUGGCUAAAAGCUAGCUAGCUAGCUGGUUAACCAGUUGACGUUAGCUACAGUCACACUUUGAAACCAAAUUGUCGAUAACCGAGUGGCAGUGCCACAUAUUAGUACAUGUUAACUAGUUAAAAGUAGUUAAACGUUGGUGAUAUUAUUGCAUCCAAUUUAUAGCACGAAUCCAAUGUUUGCUUAUUUUCCAGACUGAAUUUUUUGGCAGUCAGCUGUAUUAGCAAGACUAUGCUUGACAACAACCGGGGCAACUGACAGCUAAAAUUAGUCCGUCCCAAUGAUGCUGGAGAUGGGGACAGUAAAUUUAUAUAGCACGCCGUGUUUAUCAUUUGCUUCCCUUUUCCUUGAUCAGGUUUGACCAUUUUCUAUCAAGCUAAACUGAUCAAUUCCCUUACUAUCACAGGAACUCAUCUUUUUGUGUGUUAUGUCACUUCAUAUUGUCUUGUAAUAUCAUAGUCAUUGUAUGACAUUGGCAUGGAAUUAGAAUACUAACUAUUAGAAUAUAGUAAUUUAAUAGGAUCGAUAUGAACAUUAGCAUGUUGCCCCAGUAAUAGUUUGGUUCUUAGAACAUUUCUAUUUAGUCUGUGCUAUUUUGCUAAGCCACAUGUCACCAAUUAAUGUUGCAUUCUAAAGUAUACAUCAAAGUUCAUAAUUCUAUGGAAUGAAUUAUACAUUUUUCUGAAAAUGCACAUUGGAUUAGUUGACAACAUUUAAAAAAAAAUGCAGGGUUAGUCACUGUAAAUGCAUGAGUAGUGGAUAAUUUAAGGCAACAUCAACAAUUAUGGCAAGUAGACAAAUCAAUGAAUAUAGGGAGUACACUGGUUAUAAGCACUAAGGUGUUUACACAGUGCUGAGAUGUCAUAAAUUCAGAGCUGGACAGGCAGGUUUUUAUUUACCAUCAUGCAACAUUUGCCUAUGGAUCUAAUCAAGGAUAUCAACUGCCAUGUGUAGAAUAACAAUAUUGAAAUUGAGAAAGAUUUGGAUUUUGACUUUAAUGUAAGAGGAAUUAUAAGCUUUCUCAAAUUUGCUCAGGAAUUAUCUAUUUAAAUGGAACAGACUCUGAUGUCGAGCCCUCUGGGGCAUUCUGAGUGGGAUCCAGAAGGCACAAGCUCCCAUGGAUUCAUCCUCUUGGAUUCAGAGAAAGGAGCCAUAAUGCCUCAGAGAAAAGGUGGUCAGACGGCUUUGGAUUUCCAGAAAGUUGACCAGGAUGUAUCUCUAUGCCUGGAAGAGCUUUUCCAGGAGAACGCCUUAAAUUUAGACAGUCUUUUCAGGACCUCCAGUUACUCUGGUGGAGACAAGAUUUUGCCAUGGGAGGGAGAUCAAUCUAAUCAUUCUCAAGAUGUUCCCCUGGACAAACCUCUAGAGUUAUCGCCUCUCAAAGACAAAAUUGAGGAACAUAACAAUGUAAGUGACAGUCCUCUACCUUGGCUGUUAUUCUCUAAAACCACUGAUUUGCUCAGGGACAACUCAGUGUGCGAGGAACUAAAUUCCCUGCAAGAUCCACCUGUGAGUUACACAGACUCUGUUAACAGUUACAAGGAGCUGAUAACCCUCAGUGAACCUCCUUCUCCUGUGAAGGUUUCAGAUAGGACUCCAGAUACCAACACAGAGGCUUCCUCUUUGUUGGUAGAUCACCUCUCAUCUGAAAACUUCACCUUCUCCCCCAGCCCUGCCCCUUCAGGUGAGGUGAACCCACAGGGUGUCAGUAAGGAGCUUUUACUCCUGUCACUGGAUGAGGACAGUGGCUUCCCUCCUCCCUUACAGGGCGGAGAGACUGUGUCACCUGAAACCGGGGACAAAGGUUUAUUCCUGGAACCUGUGACUGAUCUACCCACAGUCAGUAACAGUACCCCUGAAGGUUUACCUGAGAGCAGCUUCUCACACAACAACAUCCAUACUGACUGCGCUAGAGAAUCUCCAGGGGUUCAGGUGGGAUCUGUGCCUUUGCUGGAUCUGGAGGUUCCUGACUGCGACAGCAGCCUCAGCCUCUGCCCUACUCCUCUUGAGUCACCUACCUGCACAGGUGCAUCACCUGCAGAGGAUUCAGAGCAGGAACACACUUUGGCUACUUCAAUUCUGACUCUAUCAGAGCACAGAGGUGAGGGGGACUCGUCCCUCCUUCUGAACUCUUCACCACCAUCGAUUGAACCCCCAUCGCCAAAGUUCCUCUCCAACAGAGAUGCUUCGGUCCUUGGUCAACUGCCCAGUGGCUGCAGCUCCGAGGAGAAUGGCCCCCAAGAUUUGAUGGAAGACAAAAUUAUCUUUGAUUUUACCAAACAUGAGGGAGAGGAGGAAAUGGCUCUGGAUCAGUGCUUGACCUCAGACGUGCUGCCCGAUGAGGAAACGUUGGACUUGAAACCACCUGAGGCUGUACAGGGUGACAGUGUUCCUGCCUUACAAACUGAACAGCGCGAUGGGGAAAGGUUGGCUGACUUGGACCUGUUUGCCGGAACCACGGAUUGUCACAAACGUGAUAGUUUUGAUUGCCCAGUUCUGGAGUUGAAUGGUUUGUCUUCUGACUCUGGAUGGACUAGUGAACAAACAGUAGAGACGCUGUCACUCUCUAAAAUGGUGGGGUCUGACUCCAUGGUCCCCAUAGUGAAUCAGAGAGAGGAAGACCCAUCACCUCUGAAGGCAGUGUUUGACGCUCUGGACCAGGAUGGGGAUGGAUUUGUACGCAUUGAGGAGUUUAUGGAGUUUGCUGCUGCCUAUGGGGCUGACCAGGUGAAGGAUCUGACCAAGUUCCUGGAUCCAAGUGGGCUGGGGGUGAUCAGCUUCGAGGACUUCCAUCGAGGAAUCUCGGCCAUCAGCAAUGGAGGGACAGAGCCCCAGCUCUACGAUGUGCACUUCAGCCCAGGGGACGGAGCCGUGGGCUGCUCAGAGGAGUACGAUGAGCAAAACGAGGUGACGGACAGUGCAUACCUGGGCUCGGAGAGCACUUACAGCGAGUGUGAGACGUUCACCGACGAGGACACGGGAGCCCUGGUCCAGCCCGAGAUGCACGAGGAUGUGGAGACGGACAGCGGCAUCGAGGCCACGCUCCACGACCCAGAGGACAGUAGCAACAGGUUCUCCCUGAGCUCUGAGUUGAACAGCCACACCCUGGUGACAGUGAUUGGUGGGGAUGAGGAACAUUUUGAGGACUUUGGGGAGAGCAACACCUCGGAGCUGCUGCUGGACACCACUGAGGAGGGAACCGAGGGAGAGGGGGACUCAUCCCACCUCCAGACCCCCGACCAGAGCAACUGCUCCUCCCUGCUACUCUCUCCCAGCUCCAGCAAGAGGCUGUCCAGCAAGAAAGUAGCACGACACCUCCUCCAGAACAGCUCCAUGACGCUGGACAGCAUGAGUGAGCUGUCCCGGGACAUCCUGGACCUGGCUGACACCGACAUCACUGACAAGGUGCUCCUGCUGGAGCGUCGCGUGGCAGAGCUGGAGAAGGACUCGGAGGCUAGCGGGGAGCAGCACGCGCGCCUCCGUCAGGAGAACCUGCAGCUGGUGCACCGGGCCAACGCCCUGGAGGAGCAGCUCAAGGAGCAAGAGCUCCGCGCUGAGGACCACCUGCACCAGGAGACCCGCCGCCACAAGGAUGCCCUCACCAAGCUGGAGCGGGAGAGGGGCCUGGAGCUGGAGAACCUGCAGGCUAGGCUGCAGCAGCUGGAUGAGGAGAACAGUGAGCUGAAAUCCUGUGUGCCCUGUUACCGCGCCAACAUCGAGAGACUAGAGGAGGAGAAGAGGAAGCUGGAAGACGAGGUGGAGGACGUGACGGAGCGGAUGAACGAGGAGCUGGAAACCCGGAGGAAGACGACCGACAAGCUGACCCACGAGCGCCACCAGAACCAGAAGGAAAAGGAGCACACGCAGGAGCUGAUUGAGGACCUGCGGAAGCAGUUGGAGCACCUGCAGUUGUACAAGCUGGAGGCAGAGGCUAGGAGAGGACGCUCUCCCAGUGCCGGGCUGCAGGAGUACCAGAGCCGCACCCGCGAGGCCGAGUUGGAGCAGGAGAUCCGACGCCUCAAGCAGGACAACCGCAGUCUGAAGGAGCAGAACGAUGAGCUGAACGGCCAGAUCAUCAACCUGAGCAUCCAGGGAGCCAAGAACCUGGUGACGGCCUCCUUCUCCGAGUCGCUGGCUGCCGAGAUCAACUCUGUGUCCCGGGGAGAGUUGAUGGAGGCCAUCCGCAAGCAGGAGGACGUCAACUUCCGACUACAGGACUACAUCGACCGCAUCAUCGUGGCCAUCAUGGAGUCCAACCCCUCCAUGCUGGAGGUCAAGUAGAGGUGGCCGUCUUGGAGUAAGGCAGCCUGGCGGCCUCUCCGCCUCGCUGGACUGCCAUACUAGGACAGACUGGCUAAACACUUAAAGACUGGCUACUGAGACUGACCACAGAGAAAGCAAUACCUAUUGAACUAUACUAGGUGGGGGAAAAGUACUCCAAUUAUCAUUAAAGAAGAUGUAUUUUUUUGUCACUGUUGGUGGCUGUUGUCUAUGAGAAAAUAAGCUACAUGGUUUAACGUCCCUGGGAUUUGAGCUUUGCUUUGUGUGUGUGUCUGUUCCCCCUGUAUACAGUAGGCUUUGGUUCUAAUGACUUCCCUGCAUUUGGGUAGAGGGACCUGAGUUUUCCUUGUGUGUCUGAGGUUGUGUGUGCAAAUGUGUUUUCUCUGAGGAACUCUUGGAAUCCAUGGAAGACCUGGUUAACGGGUCACUGUCCCCUUAAAUAUCUUAUUGGCAAUGAAAUCUUGUGAGCCCCAAUGCUAGCAUGAUUCUAAAAUGUAUUGUCCUUGCACUACAUAUCAGCCGAUAUCAUCUUUCACCAUGAGCUCAGUAAAUGAACUCCUGGGGUGUUUUGGGAGCGUUCUCCUGUAUCAGACUGAACCGUGUUUAAUCCACGUUUAAACCGUAUGUAGCACUGGUCAGGGGACGAGGUCAGAUGAUGUUGACCCUGGCUGCUCUCUUGAACACAGACUUGCGGUGGCACCUACUACAUAAACCGUGUCACGUUUGCAGUGUAAGUCUUUAUCCUGGUUUGACUUUUGACUUGGAUUAUAUUCCCAGUGUGAGUUAACGCAACCCAGGUGAGGGACAUUUCCUGGGGUAGAGGACAAGAAAUGCCCUGAGGGUUAGUGUGUGUGUGUGUGUGUGUGUGUGUGUGUGUGUGUGUGUGUGUGUGUGUGUGUGUGUGUGUGUGUGUGUGUGUGUGUGUGUGUGUGUGUGUGUGUGUGUGUGUGUGUGUGUGUGUGUGUGUGUGAGAGAGUGCAUGCAUUUGUGUAAGUGUGUGUUACGUUUUUUUUGUGUUGCUUGCAAUACUUUGUUUUGAAAAAAGGUUAAAAAGGUUUGGUGACUACAAUGGUAGUAACACGAAUGACAUGUUCAUUCUUGUGAGCCUCAAUGUCUCCACAGUGAAGCUGAGUGGCUCAUUGUUUGCUGUAUCUCCGUUUGUUUUUACAAUGAAACAGAGUCCUAGGGGGUCAGGCGGGCUAAAUACUCCAAUACAAGAACACUUCUCCAUCACAUCAAUUCCUUUUAAUGUAAGCUCUGACUUUGAGGUAGUUAAAAACGGACAAAUACUGACAAAUGUUGGUCAUACUGACAGGAAAUAAUUGGAUUGUCUAACUUGGACACUAAAUCAAAAGGAGAGAAAAUGUUGCUGUGUUGUUUUUAUUUGAGCUGAGUGCGCUGGGAAGUGUUGUUCUUUUAAAGUGUGACUGACCCACCUGAUCCUUAGUGGAGCCUUGCUGAGUGAAAGUGAAAGGGAGCCAGUUUAUCCAGUGGGAAGGACAUGUCUGGUCUGCUUGUAACCAAAAACAUUUACUGGAUAAGUGACUUACUUUCCAUAAAGAUGUUCAGACAGAAAAUGCUGAAUAAUUUCACUAAUGAAUAAUGUCUUAUUGAAGGAAUUAGAAUCGGUUCAUUUAUCGGGGGGUUUAGACAAAAAAAGUAUUAUUUGUAUAAAAAAAAAAUAUAAAAAAAUGUAAAGUUUAUUGUGAAGGGAUGUAAUCCUAAUAUGACGAUAUAUUGUUUUAAAACAAUAUGAAUGAAUUAAGAAUGCUGAAUUGAUUUGAAAACUGACCUUUUUUGAAGAGGUUACAUGUCGUUACUCUCCCGCAGAUUUUUGAUUUAAAGGAGCGGAACACGUUCAACACUUAGAUGAAGCAAUAAUGUUUUGAAGAACAGUGGAGAACUAAGAAGAACAGACGUCGUGGACAAACGGACAUCAGCAAACCAACAAAACUCCCUUCUUUUACUGUAUGAGCCUCAGUUGACUAAGCACCAAUCUGAAUUUCCUGGAACUUUUCGCCACAUUUCUGGACGUAAGCAAGAGGAAAUGAGAAUGGCAGACUUUUAAUACACGUCAUCAGUGCUACCUAUUCACUAAUGCACUCCCUGAGACGGAGAUACUGGACAUAUUGAAGGAUAUCACUGUUGCUGACUCUUACUUGCUGGAACUGCUGACAACUUGUGGUUUGUCCCUGUGUGAAAGGGAUGAACAGCAACGUAUACUGUACCAACCGUCGCAGCUAUACUAAAAAAAAACUACCGCAGCCACCUCCACCACCUAUAAAACUCUUGCUACAGUAUGUCACCACGCUUUUCUCCUCUUCAGCGCUCCAUGGAAAAUGGCCUUGGGUGUAAACGACUUGUACAUGUCAUUUUUUCCCCCGAGCCUUUAGAUUCUAGGUAUUUUUAUAGUUGGGGGGGGGAUUGCAUUUUUCAUAAUUUUCUUUUUGGUCUUCUGCUGAAAAAUAAUAUGAUCCUCCCCCAAGGGAGGGUCUUGUGUACGCCGCUCUCGCAUGUAGCCCGUACACGUCAAUUUCUCCCGUCUGAAUCACAUCCAGAUAUUUAUUCUGCAUUUCAUUUCACAGUCCCUGCCCUGUUGUUUCUCUCUAAUAGCAGUUGUUUUUGAGGGAAAGGUUUGUAAAUAGUUUUGGAAUCUAUGGAUUCUCAAGGGAAACUGGCAUUUAAUGGUUGAAUGCUACUCGAGGGGAACUUGUUGAUUUGAGAAAAAUAGUUGUUUAUUUUAGAUUGAAAUGUAUAUCUUGUACUCAAGGUAGCAUACAGUACAUUUCAAAAGUGUUGCAUUGAGCACCCAUUGAAUUGGAAACACUGGCGUGCUUCAGUCUCGUCUGACCAAUUCAAAAUGUCUGUUUAUGGUGAGGUCUUUCCACUUCAACCCAACUGAAGUGUGAUCCACUGUACUGCUGAGGUUGCAGACAGUGGCCUCAUGAAGGGCAUUGUCAUUGUAGUCAACGUCAGUGACACAUGCCAACUCUGUUAUCGCCCCAGCUGAGAACAGGCACUGCACAGAACUACUGAUCACUAUUGUAUAUCACUUUCUGAAUCUUUAAAACCGAUCAUUAGGUUCACCGAACCAUAUCAUGAGGAGGUCAGUGGAGUUGCACUGCGCCUGAUGCCUCGGGACAGAUAGUGAGGCCUCAGAAAGCCAGCCCACAGAGGGCUGAACUGUCUGAGUGGUUCAAGUCAUUCUGCCUUUGAGUGUAAUAGGUUGCUUUCCCCAGCAUAUAUGAGCCUCAAGAGGCUUCAGCCAAUCAUUUACUACUACAGUACCCAGCAGCCAGUGGUGCAUUCCUAGGAGGAAACCAUAAGACAUAUCUUCCCCUAUCUUACAUGGAGACAGCAGCAGGAUUACCCUAUUUUCUGUUUAUUCCUUGUUUAUUUUUCAUUUCAGACUGUCUACUGUAGACGGCUAGUUGUGAGACUUACACUAGCAUGAUUGCUAGCUGACUGAUUAGACUAAGAACAGAGUCCUGUCCAGACAUUACACUUGAUUCAAUGGGAUUCUCUAAUGCACUUUAAACACGUUCCAAUUUCUUUUUAACCACAUAAUUUUAAAACUGACCAAAGAACAGAAGUUUUACUUCUCACUGACCAUUUUAACUAUCGGCUCACACUCUCUUCCUUGCUGAAAUUUGAAAACGUUAUCAUCAGAAGAGUAAUUCAUUAUCAUUGCUGAGUCCAACUCUGCCCUGAAAAACUGGCCUGCUAGUCUUAACACUGUGCCUCUCUCUCAUAAUUUCCCCUCUUACUAACCUGAUGACGAGCCCUUGGAAAACACUGACCGUAUGUGACUGUCAGUUUGUUAAAUUAUACUUAUAAAAACUUAAAUGUGUAUAUAAAAUGGUUUGUGAUUUUUUUUUUUUGGCUCUCACACUAGCUUCCAAUGUCCAAAGAAAGUUUUGCUCAAGGCACAAACAUCACUACUAUAGUAGUGCAUGGCUUGCCAUUUAAAAUGAAUGGGAAGGGAAAAAGAGAACAUUGUAGAAACAAGAAUUGUACAACUGAAGUUUAUUCUUAUUCUGAAGGAUAAUGUAUUGUUUACUGCUCUGUGUUUUUCUUUGAAGGUCCUCUGAAUGAUGUAACCUUUGUUGUUCUUGGGGAAUUAUAAUUUCAAGUCAUUGUAAAAAGGUAAAAGAAAACAAUGAAGUAAGAUUAGAAAAUAAAUCAAAUAAUAAAAUGA